GGUGAUGGAGGAGAUCGCCCGCAGGAAUUUGUGCACGGAGAUGGGAAACCGCCACCGGGGCGAUGGCCCCCGCGACCAUAAAGACGCCAGCAGCUCGGACACGGAGUCCGACUUCUACGAGGAAAUCGACGUGAGCUGCACGCCUGAAAGCAUGGACUACCCCUCGGCUGAAGGUCGAAACGGGGAUUCGCCCGGCCUGCCAAGUGAUUCCGGUUCUGACCCGGGUAAGCCCGUCCCAGGUCAGAACUCCCUGUCCUACUCUGCGGAUCAGAUUCGCCGGUACCGCACAGCCUUCACGCGGGAGCAGAUCGCGCGGCUGGAGAAGGAAUUUUACCGGGAGAACUAUGUGUCCAGGCCCAGGAGGUGCGAGCUGGCAGCCGCUCUGAAUCUCCCAGAAACGACCAUCAAGGUGUGGUUCCAGAACCGCAGAAUGAAGGACAAACGUCAACGUCUGGCGAUGACGUGGCCUCACCCCGCCGACCCGGCCUUCUACACCUACAUGAUGAGCCACGCCGCGGCCGCGGGCGGCCUCCCCUACCCCUUCCCACCCGGGUCCCACCUGCCGCUGCCCUACUACUCGCACCUGGGCGUGGGUGCCGGCUCCACUCCAGCCCCCGCCUCUCCUUUUCCCACCCCCCUCCGCUCCCUGGACGGUUUCCGCAUGCUGUCCCACCCCUACCAGAGGCCCGAACUCCUGUGCGCCUUCAGACACCCGUCCUUGUACCAGAGUCCGGCUCACGGGCUCGGUCCCGGGGGAGGCCCGUGCACUUGUCUGGCCUGUCACUCGGCUCCAUCCAGGCCCCCGGCCUCGGACUUCACCUGCUCCCCGAGCAGCAGGACUGAGGCUUUUGUCACCUUUACGCCUUCCGUGUUGAGCAAAGCUUCACCCGUGACGGUGGACCAGCGGGAGGAGGUGCCCCUAACCAGAUAA